AUGUCGCAAUGGACCAUGGCGCAAGCCGAACUUGCCUCCUUUACCUUCCCUAUGAUCGGGUCCAUAUCGGAAUACUCCAGAGAGAACGGUCCAAUCAUAGACCCCAUAGCAACUGCAUCCAUCAACGGGUUUGCCGACUGUGGCCCUCUGUCUUCAAGCUGGGAGUAUUUCUGCAACAUCGCCGACGCCAGGUUCAAGGCCGUCCUUGCCCGAGACCCCAAUGCCAAUGGCGAUCCAAAUUCACCUUACGAACUCCACAAAUUAGGCCACUUCAUCUACCGCGACCUCGUCCAAAACUCCUCCCUCUUCCGCUCCCCAUGUGCACCCUCCGCCUCCGCAGCCGCUGUCAACGAUCCCUCCCCAGGCUUCCCCUUUAACCACAUGGACCUCGGCAUCCAAAACAUCCUUGUCUCAACCACCUCCUCCAAUCCCUCCUCCUCAAGAAACAGUUCUUACGACUUCCUAGCAGUCAUAGACUGGGAGAUGGCCCAGUCCGCUCCCUGGGAGGUGUUUUGCUACACCGUUCCCUUCCCUUUACUCUCUUCUCAGCAAGAAUCCUCUAUCCUUCGUGAUGAGAAACAUCCUGAAUAUGAUAAGACCGUGAAGAAGCAGAAGGCGAGGGAGCUUUAUUGUAAGAAAUUUCGGGAAGCCGAACAAAAGCUGGAGGCAGAAGGGAGACCGUUGCCAAUGAGCAUAGCGGACGUAUUAGAGGGGAGUAGAGCGUCGAGGUGUUUUGGGGCUGUGGAAAAGCUGGGGGUGUUUGAGGGGAUGGAGGGGGAGUUGGUUAGGGAGUUGGUGAGGAUGGGGUAUGCAGAAGAAGGGAAGGAAACGGGAAAGGGGGAAGUGGAAGGGUGGCUAAAGGUGAAGAGGAGGGAGAUGGAGGCUUUCCUCCAGAAGGGUGGGAUGGGUUAG